AAAUUUUGCGCGAAUCCAGACAGAUAGCACGUAACAGAGAGCAAAGGAAAGGAAAGUGGAUAUACUAAUUCCAAGCUAAAGUGGUGGUUUCAGAGAUGUUUGAUGAUUUCCGCCGAUGACAAACGUGGUAUUGAGGACCAGGACGAGUUAUCGCGGUUCCGCGUACUCAAAAGACCGUCAAACACAUAGCGACUUCAAAUCUGGAGGAGGCAAAGGAAUUUUAACGCGAAUUGACGGAAAAGAACAUGGACCGGGUGUCGUGUCAUGCAACAUGACAACAGCGCCACAACGCGACCUUUAGACGACCCGUUGGAACUGAGUAGUGAGACAUGAUAAUUUACCGCCUGUCAAUGCCUUUUCUCUAGGAUCAGAAAUGAAAAUGUACCCGUCCGAGAACUCUAGGAUAGCCUUGAAACUUUCUUCAGGAGUGUGGCCUAACGAGA